UUUACAUUGAGUUCCUGAUUAGGGUCCUGGAAAGGAUUGACUAGGAGUAAAUUUGGACACACUAGGCGUAGCUUUCAUUCUCAGCUGAAAUCCGGAUUCUUCAUGCAUCGUUUCAUUAACAUAACGUUUAGUCUGUAAUUUAAAAGUUUACCAAGUUGGACUUAUACACCUUUGUUCCCGAUACUGAAAUUCUAGAACACUUCAUCAAUUUUAGUUACGUCUCCAAUCACACUUCUUAAAAUUCAAAAUCAGUUACACGGUGGAAAGAUUUAACCCGAAGGGAAAUACUUAUAAACUCUUAUUCAUUACCGAGGCUUCAGCAAAUUAAAGAUUCGAGCCUGGACCAUGUGUACAAAAGCAGAAUGAUCAGUCUAUCUUUCUAUCAGUUUUUUUCACCCUCCUAAUAUCCAAGGUUAUUGCUUAAUUGUUAGGUAAUUAUAGACUGGAUUGUUCAUUCUCUGCAAAUAAUCAAAUUGUUUUGUUUUCUCUUCAUUAAUUUUAGGAGGUAUCAUAUGGAUUUUAAGUGGCUUGAAAAUUCCUCAAACAGUGCACUGUAAAAGCUUCAUUAAGAUCUAGAAACUGAAGUAUUCAUGUUACUUCCGAGUCUGAAUAUUGAAUCAUCUAAGACAGAAUAUAAAAGAUCAUCAACAUCAUCAUCAUCAUCCAAAUCAUCGUCAUCAUCAACAUCAUCAUCAUCAUCAUCAUCAUCAUCAUCAUCAUCAUCAUCAUCAUCAUCAUCAUCAUCAUCAUCAUCAUCACCAUCAUCAUCAUCAUCAUCAUCAUCAUCAUCAUCAUCAUCAUCAUCAUCAUCAUCAUCAUCAUCAUCAUCAUCAUCAUCAUCAUCAUCAUCAUCAUCAUCAUCAUCAUCAUCAUCAUCAUCAUCAUCAUCAUCAUCAUCAUCAUCAUCAUCAUCAUCAUCAUCAUCAUCAUCAUCAUCAUCAUCAUCAUCAUCAUCAUCAUCAUCAUCAUCAUCAUCAUCAUCAUCAUCAUCAUCAUCAUCAUCAUCAUCAUCAUCAUCAUCAUCAUCAUCAUCAUCAUCAUCAUCAUCAUCAUCAUCAUCAUCAUCAUCAUCAUCAUCAUCAUCAUCAUCAUCAUCAUCAUCAUCAUCAUCAUCAUCAUCAUCAUCAUCAUCAUCAUCAUCAUCAUCAUCAUCAUCAUCAUCAUCAUCAUCAUCAUCAUAUGAUUAA